GAUUUUAGUAGAAAUGAUGUUAAAAGUAUUUCAAAGUUAUUUCAAUGUUGGCAUCAUGUUUACGUCGGGCAUACCAUGAUAAAUGUUACCAAUAACCUACUGACAGAAUUCCUCACAUGUGAUUCCCCUGGAGACAUUUCCUGUGUACAAUUUGUAUAUUUGGAUUUCUCCCAUAAUUUCCUCCAAGCCUUCCCCAACAAUAAUGAAACAUGUAUACUGGGCAAAGUUGUGAUGUUAAAUGUCAGUCACAACAGAUUCACAGAGAUACCAGAACCGAUUGCCAAUUCCUCUUCUCUCCAAUACCUGGUUAUGGCCUACAACAAGAUCUCCACAAUAAUACCCAGGGCUUUUGUUGGACUAUUUUACCUCAAAGAACUGGAUCUGAGCUUUAACCGCCUGACAGUAUUUCCAGAAAGCAUCAAAAGUCUAUCACGGUUGGAAAAACUUAAUCUGGCAGGAAAUCUUAUCCUGACGGUCCCUGAUGCUGGUUCCUCCUUGUGGCCACGUUUGUCUGUGUUCCAGUUCCACGGUAACCCUCUUGUCUGUUCCUGUUCCACAGCCUGGCUGAGAAAGUACACCCUCACCACAGACCUGGAACAGUGUAGUUAUCCCGUGGAGCGUAAGGGUAGCGCAGUGACCUGUCUGGCAACCUUGCCUUGUGAUACAGGUCAAAGCGUUUAUUCAUCAAAAGCAAAUAUACAGGCAUGUAAGACUGGAUUAGUGCUUACAAAUGAGAACCAAAACCUAAAAUGGGACCUCCCAUCAGGAAGGGUACAAACUACACCACAAUCCCAAGCCAAUGUUGAAGUUUUCAGGGACUGUAUUCUGGUAGCCAACUUUUCAUCAGUAGGUGAGGAUACGUGGGAAGUUUCGUAUGACAGUAAUGAGACAGGAGAUCUAGUGUGUCUGACACUGUCGGAUAAAACCUGGAUUAGUAACAUCAGGGAAUGUCUUGUGUUGGAUCCAACAGGGGCUCGGCCAACAGUGGCUACAGAGCAAAAUUCUGAUCAAGAGGAAACUCAAACAUCACACACCGCCCACAAUGCAGUGAUUAUCACACUCUCCAUACUUCUGGUUGCUGUUAUUGGUACUGGACUAGUUAUCUAUAUUGUAUGUAAGAGACGUGGAACUGUUACCAAACACAGGGGAACUGUACCAACCAUAUCGGGGCAAGAAAAUACAGUAUAUGAAAACUGCAACGUAGGUGAGACGUCAUUCAGUGGCGGUCCUGUUGCUAGCGAGGAAGACAAACAUUACUAUGACUCUCUCCAUCCCUCAAACACAUAGACGUUUAAACCUAAGACGUCACAGGAAAGCUGACAUAAAUCUUGGGUUCCUUCAAAAAUGACCUCACUUCCAACAUUAUACAGAAUUUAACUCUUCUGACCAGCACAUAUGAAACCAUGGUCAUUUGUUAAAAAGCAGGCUUUUUUUUAUUUAUUCAAUUCUGUGGUUAAUAACAAAACUAACUCAAAUCCAAAAAGAUGGGUAGGACAAGCUCAAGUCAAAACUUUGGAAUUAUAAAUUAUAACAAUAAGCAAAGUAAA